CUAACCACACUUUGUGGUGACGUCAUAGGAGACAAAACCGAGGUUAUUUUGAAUGAAAUCUUAUGCGUUGCUAAUGCAGCUGGACUCUAAUUAAUUCCAAUAUGUCUUCUGAAAAGUUAAAUAAUUUAAGCCCAUCUCAACUGCAAGAGUUUGCAGAUUUGCAAAAACAAGGAAAAGAAUUAGCAGCUGAAGGAAAACUUCAUGAUUCUUUACGUUUAUUUGAACAAGCUAGACAAAUAUGUGAAACACCUAAAAUUUUACAAAGGAUACAAAAACUGAAGGAUUUUAUUCAAAAAAUUUCUGUUGAAAAAGCACAGAAUCGUACUUUAGUGGUUGGAAAGCAAGGCUUAGGAACUACAUUUCACAGUUCUCAAGGUGAAAAUUUCGUUGCAAAAAAAUCAUUUAAUGAUACUAAUGCAAAUAGAACUUUUAAAGAGCCUAUUGGAACUUCAAAUGUUCUUGCUGAUAUUCAAAAUAAAGAAAAAUCUAUUAAGCACAGCACAGUUGAAAAUCCUCAGGAUUUAGCCCCAGAAAGCCUGGCAAAGUUUAAGAAACUUAAGAAAACUGCAAUUGAAUUAUCUUAUGAAGGGAAGUUUCAAGAAGCUUUAGAAAAUUUUAAAGAAGCAUUGAAGAUUUGCAGCUGUCCUAAAGUUAAAAAACAUGCUGAAGAAGUUGAAUCUGCAAUUGCCAAACAUUCUAAUCAACUGGAAAAAUUUCAAAAUUUAACUGAAAUUGGGAAAAAACUUGCAAGUGAAGGAAAGCAAACUGAAUCACUUCAAAGAUUAAAAGAUGCAUUUCUUGUUUGCCCAUCACCUAAAAUUUCAAAAAUGAUUAAAGCCAUAGAGGUAACAAGUAUUCAAUCUGUUUCAAAAGAAAACUUCAAAUUUCCCGAUAGUUCACAUGUAAAAAAUUUUGAUGUUCUUGAAGAAAGAGAUACUUCAAAUGUGACUAGUCUUCAGUCUACUUCAAACAAAAUCACAGAAUUUUCAGACAAUACACUUACAAAAAAUUCUGAAGUCAUUCAAGAAGAAAACUUCACAAGUGAUCCUGUUAUAUCACCAAAGGCAAAAGUAUCAGAUCCUGAUAGCUUGAGCCCAGAAAGAUUAGAAAAGUACAAGUCUCUGUAUAAAAGGGCUAGACAACAUGCUGCUGAUGGAAAACUAAGAGAAGCUCUAAGCUUUUUAAAUGAAGCUAAAUCUAUUUGUGAAAGUGAUAAACUGCUUAAGCGAAUUAAAGAUAUUGAGCAAAUAAUUAAAAAUUCAGAUGACAAUGAAAAAGGUGAUCAGAUGGUUCUAGUAUCAGAUGGAUUUUACAUUUUUCAUGAAAUAUAUGAGAAGUUAUACCCUUAUCAAAGAGAAGGUGUUGCAUGGAUGUGGAGUUUAUUUAAGAAACGUAAAGGAGGAGUCCUUGGCGAUGAUAUGGGAUUAGGAAAGACAUUUCAAGUUAUUGCUUUUCUUUCGGGAUUGAUCGAUGCUGACCUGGUAAAGCAUAUCCUUGUAAUUAUGCCAGUAUCUCUUCUUCCUAACUGGGAAAGAGAAUUUAGGAGAUGGUGUCCUGGAAUAUCAGUGCAUUGUUUUCAUGGAUCAUCAAAAAAGGAACGUGAACGGAAUUUACUCCGCGUCCAACGCAGAGGCCAAGUUUUACUCACGAGUUAUGGAAUGAUUGUUAGCAAUAUAGAGAGUUUAACUAGUUUCGAUGGUGAAAAAUUCGUAUGGGAUUAUGUUAUAUUGGAUGAAGGCCAUAAAAUAAAAAAUCCUACAAAAACCACAAAGGCUGUACAUGACCUUCCAUCUAAGAAUCGGAUAGUUUUAACUGGAACUCCCGUUCAGAAUAAUUUAAGGGAAUUAUGGGCUUUGUAUGAUUUUGCUCACCAAGGAACACUUUUAGGUUCUCUGAAGACUUUCAAAAUGCAGUAUGAAAAUAUUAUCACUAGGUCUAGAGAAAAAGAUGCAACUGUUGGUGAAAAAAGGCUUGGUACAGAAAUGGCUGAUAAUUUAAAGAAGCUCAUAAAGCCAUAUUUUCUGAGAAGGAGCAAGGAUGAGGUUUGGGGUGAUGGUAAACUAAAUGCCGAGCUUGAGGAUUUGGAAAAGGAAAUGAAAAAUUUGCAGAUUUCAAAUCAAAGAUUAAAUACGAGGAAAAAUGAUCUGAUCAUUUGGCUCUUCAUGUCUGAGUCUCAGUGUGAAAUAUAUAGCAGUUUUCUGCAUUCAGAAGCAGUGAAAAAUAUUUUAGUUUCUAAAAGGUCCCCAUUAGUAGAGUUAACUACAUUAAAGAAGAUUUGUGAUCAUCCGAGACUUUUAAGUAAAAGAGCCUGUAUAGAAUUAGGACUAUAUGGAGAACUCAAAGAAGAACAACUUCAGGAGCUGAAUGAUGGUUGUAUAGAUGCUUCAUCCAUUGAAGGUGUCUCUGAUGAAACUCUAAUUAAGGAAUCGGGAAAGAUGAAGUUCUUAAUAAAUCUUCUGGAAAAUCUGCGGGAAAAUAAACAUAGAACACUUGUGUUUUCUCUUUCCAGAAAAAUACUGGACAUGAUACAUCACAUAUUGGUUAAUAAACAAUGGAAAGUUCUAAGAAUUGAUGGAACAAUAGCAAAGAUUGAAGAGCGUGAGAGGCGUAUUCAGUUAUUCCAAAAAGAUCCUUCUUACAGUGUGUUUCUUUUAACUACACAGGUUGGAGGUGUUGGCAUUACAUUAACAGCUGCCGAUAGAGUUAUUAUUUUUGAUCCAAGCUGGAAUCCUGCUACGGAUGCUCAGGCUGUAGACAGAGCAUAUCGUAUUGGGCAACAAAAAGAUGUUAUAGUGUACAGAUUAAUCACGUGCGGUUCUGUAGAAGAAAAAAUUUAUCGUCGUCAGAUAUUUAAAGAUUCAUUAACAAGACAGGCAACAUCUGUGUCUGAUCCUUAUAGGUAUUUCUCAAAGCAAGAACUUAGAGAAUUAUUUACACUUGAGAAUCCUCGUUAUUCAGCAACUCAAGUUCAAUUAUCUCAAAUGCAUUCCAAUGAACGUAAAACUGAUAUAUCUUUAGAGGAGCAUAUUACAUUUCUUCAUUCACUAGAUAUAUUUGGCAUUAGUGACCAUGAUUUGAUGUUUACGAAGACUCUAAAAGACCCAACUGAGGACAAUGAUGAGUCAGCAGUAUGUAAUGAUUACAUAAAGAGACAGGUUGCUGCAGCACAACAGCUAAUUCAAGCUGAAGCUUCAAUUAUUGAAGAAGGUAUUCGAUUAACUGGUAGUUACAGUAGGCCAUUUUUAGAACCCAUUCCAACUUUCAAGAGAUCUACAGAAAAGGAUACUUAUAAACCACCUCUAAUACCAGAUGUGAUUGAUUUAAUUCCUCAAACAAGUUUAUCUUCGAAAAACUAUAGUAAUAUUGACUCAGAAGAUGUAAAUGCUAACAACAGCACAGAGGUAUUUUCUCCCAACGGCAAAAAAAUUGUGAACAACCCCAAAAUUACAAAUAAUGGUGUAUUGGAGAGUAAUGCUUUGAGCUCAUUUGAACAAGAAAGAGAUGCAUGCAAGCCUAAUAAAAUUACAAAUUACUAUGCAGCAUCUGAACCAGAGAGUAAAUUUGCAUUUGCAAGAGAUUUAAAAAAAUCAUUUAGUUGCUCUCCUUCUAGUAAUAGAACUGCUGAAAAAAAGCAUGGGCCUUUUAUACCAGAGGAAAAAGAAGAAAUUAAAGAAAAUAUGAAUUCCUUUCAAAAUAAUACUUCUGAGUUAUCUACAACAGAAAAACAAUCCAACACUCCAGAAUUCUUAAAUAGUAUGGAUAAUAUAGAAUCUGGAAAAGCAGGAAUAUCUCUUUUUCCAGAGGCAGAAGAAAAAUGUGCAUUGUUUACUGAAUUAAUUUCCAGUAAUGAGACAAAUAAUGAAAACAACAAAACAAUUGAUUUAAUAGACUCUUUUGAAGAUACUGAAGACAAAAGAAACAAAACCAGUAUAUCUAAUAUUAAUGAUUCCAGAAAUCUAAUGAAUAAUGCUAAUUAUGUUACUGAUAAGUUUAAUGAAGAAAAUAUGGGGAAUUCCAAACUGAGUAUUCUUGACUGCAAGGAAUCGUGUGAAAAUCCUGAUGAAGUGGAGAAAGAAAACACUGAGAAUGCAAAACUGGACAUUCUUGAUUAUAAGAAAUCAUUUCAAAAUACUGAUGAGAUCGAGGAAGAAAGUGUUCAUUUUCCAACUUGUAACAUUAGAUCUUUGGAAGAACCUCUCCAAAAUUCUCUGACUAACGAGAAAAGCUGUAAUAAAUCAUUAUCUUCUGAGACUGAAAAAAAUUUCUCAUUUUCUAAACCGGACACUCAUGAAAGUAAAUUUAAUGAUACUACAAAAGGUAACCAUCUUGUGUAUAAUGAAGAUACAUCUUUGGAAGUAUCUCCAGUUCGCAGUCCACCUGGGAAAGAUUCCGAAUUAAUGUUCUUUAAAACAAGUUCAUUCAGUGUGAGAAAAUUACAAAAUGAAAAUGAUCGCACAAGAUUUUUGAAUGAGAGUUUAAGCUUUGAUGAUGAGCUUAAUAAUUCUCCAUUGAAAGGCAGAAAAUCCUGUGCCAGACCUAUUGAAAUUAUACCUGAAAGUGACAGCAGUCAGCAAACAUCAUGCCCAUCAAGUGCUAAUACCAGUGCUGAAAACCUUGUUGUUGAAAGUGAAAAUGAAUUUUCUGCUGAUGAUUCACUUCAUAAUUCAUUUGGGAUAUCUGCUGUCACUGAUGAUGAUAGCUUAGAUAACUCUGUAGUUCCCAGUUCAUUACCUAAUACUCCAGCUACGAUAAAUAAAAUACAGUCUAUUACACAAAUGCAAACUGAUAGGUCAAAACAAAUUGAACAAAGCAAGUGUUAUUCUGACUCUCAUUCCAGCUUUGUAUCUUGUGGUAUCUCCACACCAACUGAAGAUAUUAUUAAAAGGAUAACACCACUUAGAAUAACAAAAAAGUUUAAUUCUGAAGAAGAAACUCCAUUUGCCAAAGCUGUAGCUGCUUCACCAAUAUUUUCCUCUCAAGGAACUCUUUGUGACAGUGAGACUGAUAGCCCCGUAGCAGUGGUCAGAAGGAAAAAGAAACAAGCAUUCGUUUCUGAUUCCGAAUGUUCUAGCAGUGAAAAUGAAGAUGAGGCAUCAGUUUCAGUGUUUUGUAGUGAAUCUUCUGCUGUGGACUUGAUCAGUAAUAAUUCUAGGGGAUCACCAGAGCUCUAAGGAAUCAUGAAUAUUUAACAGAUGAAUCAGAAACAUGAUCUGAUUUGAGAGAACAUUAUCUAAUUCAGGCUAAGUUUAGAGCAAUGAAGACUGGUAUUGAAAUGGAUUCAUAUAAACUGAAUACAUACAUGUAUUCAGUUUAUAUGAACUAAAUGAUUUGAUUAAUAUUUUGAUAUGAGAAUUCAUUUAAAUAUGUAUUUAGGUGUUACAAGUUUUUAAUUUAAAACACUCAAAUUUUACUUAAUAUGAAUGGUUUAAUCUAACGAUAUGACAAUUUUGACUUCAAUCCAUUACUUUUAUAUAUACUUUUUCUGCAAGUUCAUUUUAAUUAUCACAUAUUCCUUCAAGGAAAAAUUGAAAUAUUUUUCAUUUAUUCUAUUUUUAUAAAUGAGUGAUAUAAAACAUUAAUAAAGAUCAUAUUCAAAAAAUGUUUUU